UUAAGCGUGUUAGGAACGUUUUCCUCGGAGCAAUUUUUGUGGAUGAUUUUCCUAAACGAAACGAAAAAUUGAAGUUAGAAAAAUUUGCAUAAACAAAGCCGAAACGUGAAUCGCGUCGAGCUGUCGAAAUCAAAAACACAUCAAAUUGGAGUAUUUCGGAACGAUUUCAAAAAUUAGCAAUUACGUGAAGUGAAGUCGUGGCAGGAAAUCAAAAAACCAAAAAAAAAAAAACACGAAUGUGGAUUAAAUAAUGGAAGGUGCAAAUCUAUGAAAACAACAAAUAAUGCCUUAGCGCUAAAGUGUACAUAAACAACAACAAGAAAUAAGUGUUGGUACUCAAAACAUGAAAAUCAUUUAGAAACAAAAUCCAAACUUACAAAACCAAGUGCAAACCGAAAAAGAACAAAAAAAACUAUAAUAAACUGGCACAACACUACGCUUGUGUGCCCACGCAGCAUCCCUUGCCCCUCGUCGUUACCAAAAGAAAUCUCAAAAUUCGUGCACCCACAAUGCAUUUACCAGCCGGCCCCACAAUGGUCGCUGCGCCCGCGCAACUUGCCAAUAUCCCGGCAGCAUCCGCCUCAGCAACAGCCCACCAACAACAGAGUGGCGGCACAAUAGCACACGUGCCCAGCUCCGCCAGCUCGACUGGCUCCUCCACACCGGAUAACAAUAAUUGCAACAGCAGCAGCAACAACAGUAGCUCAUCUGCCAAAUUGCCGCCCUCUAUGACCGACAUGUUCGCCAGUUUGCAUGAGAUGCUGCAGGAAUAUCACGGCGAGCUGGCACAAACAGGCUCCCCAUCGAUCCUCUGCAGCGCGCUGCCUAAUCAUUGGCGUUCCAACAAAUCGCUGCCGGGCGCUUUCAAAGUGAUCGCCUUGGACGAUGUGCCCGACGGCACUCUGGUGUCCAUCAAGUGUGGCAACGAUGAGAACUACUGCGGCGAGCUGCGUAACUGCACGGCCAUCAUGAAGAAUCAAGUGGCGAAAUUCAAUGAUCUGCGUUUUGUCGGACGUUCCGGACGUGGCAAAUCCUUUACGCUGACCAUCACCAUUGCCACCUAUCCGGUGCAGAUUGCGAGCUACACAAAGGCGAUCAAAGUGACCGUAGAUGGUCCACGGGAACCAAGAAGUAAGCAAAGUUAUGGCUACCCACAUCCUGGCGCUUUCAAUCCUUUCAUGCUGAACCCCGCAUGGCUCGACGCCGCCUACAUGACAUACGGUUAUGCGGACUACUUCCGUCACCAGGCCGCACUGCAUCAUCCCGCUUUGGCCAAGAGUUCGCCAACGCUGCCGGUUAACGCUGGCGCCACCAUUGUACCGCCACCCCCGCCACCAGCCGGCGGUGCGCCACCCUCCGCCGCAGACUUCCACUCCUCCCAACUGACACCGCCACCAGUUGGUGCGCCCGGUGCAUUACCGCCCAAUGCAGCUAUCGGCAUGAUUCCCUCGCCACCUGGUUCAGCCUACGGCAUAGGCAUGCCACAGUUCCCAUUCAAUCCCGUCGCAGCCGCUGCUUUUCACCCGUACAACUUCGCGGCCGCCAGCUUGCGCGUGCCCAGCCACAAUCUGCACAACAACUCGCUAAGCAGCUCACACGGCUCAACGGAACACAUCAGCCCAUCACACAUAAGUCCCGCCUCAUCACGGCCUUCGUCAUCUUCACCACCCGCACAUGCACACGUACACAAUAUAAGCAGCGGUGGCGUUGGUGAGGAUUGCAACAACAAGACAAACGCCGCUCUGGAACAAUCCUUGUCCGAUGCCGAUCCAGAUGUCGAAUCGGACGAUGAGCAAAUCGAUGUAGUGAAAUCCGCUUUCGUGCCCAUACUGCGUCCACCAAUUGCGGCGCGCACAAUAGCGCCCGCUGGCGAACAGCUGGAGAAAUCAGUGCAACCGGCGCCGCCACCGCGUACGCGUUCCGACCUCAAGGCGCCCUCCAUGAUGAAGACGCAGUACCAACAUUCCGCGCAAGCUCGUCAAAUUUCGCCCGAAAUUACCGCGGCAACCAAAUUGAAGGCGGCGAUGAAUGCCACAAAGACCGUGUGGCGGCCCUACUGAAACACUACCCACUCCGCCGUCGGAGUUGUUCUACACUCAAUAUGGAAAGUAGCGCAAAGCAGCGGGAGUGUGAAUUGAAAAAUGAACCCGUUCAACAUUGGCGCGCUCACCGACCGACAGCAGCAAAGUGAAUUGUGUAAUGCGGCGGCCAUCAGCUGUGGCGCGCAUGAGAAAAUGCCGACGGCAAAUGCGACAGUAGCGCAAAACGAAAGGAAUGAUGCUUUUGAAUAGCAGCAGAAGCGGCGGCUGUUUAGUGGGCAACUCAUUUGGGAUCUCUUAAGCUCCAGCGCUCCAGCACUCACCUCCUCCUAUUCGCACAUGUGAUAAACGGUUUUGUUUUUUGUAUUAUUUGGAGCGGCGGAGUGUAGUUAAAAUAUUUUGUGAUAUAGUGUUAAGUUUAAAAAAAAAACAAUUAGUGUUUCAACGCCACGUCAUCCGUGAAGAAGCAGUAGGCGAAAGAUGCAAAAUGCAAAACGUAAAACGCCACUUAGGCAAGUAACAAAGACAUCGGCGGUCUGAUGUCUCUGCAGUUGCUGCAAAUCGCUGAUGGCGUUCAAAUUAGAACGUCAGCGCCCCAUUUUACUCGAAUGUACCUACUUCCAACACGCACACGCACACACACAUUUAUAUGUAUUUGCACCAUUGUACAUGCAUCAGGACACUUGGCCUGUCUCUCUCAUACACACACAAACACACACGCAAAAACAAACACGCAUUGACUUUUAAAACAAAAAAUUCUUGUAAAUUUGGUAGAAAAAGAAAGGUCCGUCGGUUUUGGUGGUUGCCGCAAUGCAAGAAGCAACAAGCACUUGCUCAGGCACAUACACACGCACACACGCUCACACCAUCUCACAGCCCUCAUUUGUGCGCGCAAUAAAUUUGUUGAAUUCAUGCAAAUACUCGAUUUAGUUUGGACUUGCAAACGUAAAUUUGUCAGUGUUGUUUGGCGCAGCAUUUUUCUUUCUUUCCGAAUCGCAACCAAAUCGAUGUCUGUAAAUAUCUAAUUGUACCUAUGUAAAUGAAGAUUAUGAAAAUGAAGAUUACUGUAUUAUUUGUAUGUAUGUAUGUAUGUAAUUAUGUUUUUUGAUUCUUGUACUAUUUAUUAGUUUUAUUAGAAAUGUUUAUUGUAAGUUGUUGGCAAACGAAAAUAAGAAAAAAUUGCAAGCAUACAAAAUUAACUAACGAAUUUGAUGCAAAUAGUAAAAGAAACAAAAACAAAAAAAA